AUGGAGGAAAGGUCAUGGGAGAAUCAUUUGAAUUGUUUGGAAAGGUUAUCAGAUCGUCAUGGAGAAAAGGUCAUGGGAGAGGCAUUUGAAAUGUUUGAAAAGGCCAUCUGUGACACCGGAGAAGAACUGUUCCUCGGAACAUGCAACAGUAGAGGAGUCGGCGGCGUCGGCGUUCUCGUCAACACGAGUUUGUCCACGAACAUCGAUUCAUUCGAACAACUAACAGCCCGAAUCGGUCGUUUACCGCCGAUAUCAAGCUAUGAAAAAGUCGAUUACUUCUGUAUGGACUACAUGGAAUUAGAGACGUUCUACAAAGAAGACCACACAUUCUUCAACGUCGUCGUUGCAAAAUUUAACGCCAGGAAUGAACUAAGAAGAACGACUGAAGAACGUCACAGUGAGACCAACGGAUUAGAAUGGAACGAACAGGGCUUCAACUUUGAUAUGAUGACUCGACGUGAUGUUUGUGUCCUUUUUUGCACGAGUGAAAAAGUGGACAUAAUGCCGCGUUUGAAGACGGCUUUGUUAACGAAUGCACCAUUUGUCGUUGCGGUGGUAUGUAACACAGCAGUUGAUGAGAACGACAAUCCACUUGCACUCGAGAAGAGCGAAUAUAUUCUACAGAAGCCCAAUUAUCGUCUUCAUGUUGAGGCGCACGAUAGCGGUGAGUCAGCUCAAAGACCUAUGGUCACCGCUGUGAUCGAUGGGAACAACAUAUAUGGCAAUGCACCGGAGGGUGUGAUGUCUGGUCAUAGUAUUCUUACUCUAUCGAUCACUGAUGCGGACGGUACUUCUUUUGGUUCACCAUUUCGAAUAGACGUCCGUGGAGAAGGAUCAAAGGCCUUCACUGCUGACGAACAAUACAACCGGGUCACAGUAACACGACUUGACCACUCGAAUCGAAGAGAUCGGUUUCCGCUCCCGGCAAACUAA